GCACUGCCCAAACCAAGAACAAUUUGAAAACCCACCCCAUAAUACUUAAAAUCCGGGACAAAGAACCGUCCGGACUGAACUGCUUCGGUUGCAAAAUCUCGGCGCAGCCUGGGGAGCCUCCCUGCGGCCCGAGCCGGCGAAGCCCCUUUGCAAACGUGGAGCUCGGCAUCGGGAUUCUUGAAACCUGAAACCUAGAAACAGAACCGAAGCGGAAACCAGAGGGAAAAGCUUGAACUGCUGCAGACAAUUGCUUCCGGGGAGUUCCGAGGGAGCCGGGCUGCGGGGCCCCCUGGAUGGCGCGCGCCUGAGGGUCGCGGCCAGUCGUGCGCGCAGCGUGGGGAGCGGAGGCCGGGCUGUCCCCGGGCUGCGGGUCAUGGCCACCGCGGAGCAGCGCGCCCUCGGCCUCGGCUUCAAGUGGCUGUCUUUGGCAACUCUUGCACUCAUCUGCGCCGGACAAGGGGGACGCAGGGAGGAUGGGGGUCCAGCCUGCUAUGGAGGAUUUGACCUGUACUUCAUUUUGGACAAGUCUGGAAGUGUGCUGCACCACUGGAAUGAGAUCUAUUACUUUGUGGAACAGCUGGCUCAUAAAUUCAUCAGCCCGCAACUAAGAAUGUCCUUCAUUGUCUUCUCUACUAGAGGAACAACUUUAAUGAAACUAACAGAAGACAGGGAACAGAUUCGUCAAGGCCUAGAAGAAUUACAGAAAGUUCUACCAGGAGGAGAUACUUACAUGCAUGAAGGAUUCGUAAGGGCCAGUGAGCAGAUUUAUUAUGAAAACAGUCAAGGAUACCGGACAGCAAGUGUCAUCAUCGCUUUGACUGAUGGGGAACUCCAUGAAGAUCUCUUUUUCUAUUCCGAGAGGGAGGCCAACAGAUCCCGAGAUCUUGGUGCAAUCGUUUACUGUGUGGGUGUGAAAGAUUUCAAUGAAACACAGCUGGCCCGGAUUGCAGACAGUAAGGACCACGUGUUCCCCGUGAAUGACGGAUUCCAGGCCCUGCAGGGCAUCAUCCACUCUAUUUUGAAGAAAUCGUGCAUUGAAAUUCUAGCAGCUGAGCCAUCCACCAUAUGUGCAGGAGAGUCAUUUCAAGUUGUCGUGAGAGGAAAUGGCUUCCGACAUGCCCGAAACGUGGACAGGGUCCUCUGCAGCUUCAAAAUCAAUGACUCAGUCACACUCAAUGAGAAACCUUUUGCUGUGGAAGAUACUUACUUACUGUGUCCAGCACCUGUCUUAAAAGAAGUUGGCAUGAAAGCUGCACUCCAAGUCAGCAUGAACGACGGCCUCUCUUUCAUCUCUAGCUCUGUUAUCAUCACCACCACACACUGUUCAGAUGGCUCCAUUCUGGCAAUCGCCCUGCUGAUCUUGUUCCUCCUCCUGGCCCUGGCACUGCUCUGGUGGUUCUGGCCCCUCUGCUGCACCGUGAUCAUCAAGGAAGUCCCACCACCCCCUGUUGAAGAGAGUGAGGAAGAAGAUGACGAUGGUCUGCCUAAGAAAAAGUGGCCCACAGUCGAUGCCUCUUAUUAUGGUGGGAGAGGUGUUGGAGGCAUUAAAAGGAUGGAGGUUCGUUGGGGAGAAAAGGGCUCUACAGAAGAAGGUGCUAAGCUGGAAAAGGCCAAAAAUGCAAGGGUGAAAAUGCCUGAGCAGGAGUAUGAGUUCCCCGAGCCUCGCAAUCUCAACAACAAUAUGCGCCGGCCUUCUUCCCCCCGGAAGUGGUACUCUCCGAUCAAGGGAAAAUUGGAUGCCUUGUGGGUCCUACUAAGGAAAGGAUAUGAUCGCGUGUCUGUGAUGCGACCACAGCCAGGAGAUACGGGGCGCUGUAUCAACUUCACCAGAGUCAAGAACACCCAGCCGGCCAAGUAUCCGCUCAACAACGCCUACCACACCACCUCGCCACCCCCUGCCCCUAUCUACACGCCCCCACCCCCUGCCCCCCACUGUCCUCCCCCACCCCCCAGCGCCCCCACCCCGCCUUUCCCAUGCCCCCCUUCCAACCUUCCCCCUCCUCCUCAGGCUCCACCCCCCAACAGGGCACCUCCCCCGUCCCGGCCUCCUCCCAGGCCUUCUGUCUAGAGCCCAAAGUUGUGCUCUGGGCCAUCUCAGAAACUGCGGAGGACACUCCUUGUGCUGUAAGAACAAGUCUGUCCAGCUAGAGGGGAUGAGUGAUGAUUAAGCCCACUGACAUUCACAUACUUUAAAAAUUGGUUGGCAACACCAGUAUACUGACACUGUGAUCAGCAGAAAGAAACAGAAAUUCUUUAAUUGCCUGAAAACAAAUGAUGAAACAACUACAGUCACGUUUAUAGCCAGCCGGCCAUCGCCUCUAGAUGGUUCCAGAGAUGAUGAAAUUGCCAAAAUACUCUCGACAGGAUUCUGUCUCACGGAGACAAGUAGGAAAACCUUUUCUCUGAGAGUGAAAUGCAGUCGGGUGAGAAGUGACACUGCUCGGUUUCUAAAUGCUGCCUUCCCUCCACCUCACCUCAUGAACUGACCCUGGACCCUUGACCCCGAAACCAAGGAUUCCUCCCCACUGUGUUCCCCUCAGGAAGGGAGAAACCUUUGCCUACAACUUGGGAAAAGCUUGGAAACCCCAGGGUGUCAAGAAACUCAACUCAGACAGGUAUCCAAAGGACGUUCCUCCAGGAUUUGCAGGUGUAUAUAAGUAUAUGCCUCUUUUUCCUCUCAAAUCCUUCCAGUUUCCAAGUGAGGAAGGGAGCGGGUGUUUACUGAUGGGUAAGGUACGUUGCCAAGUUGAUGUGUAAGUGAAAUCAGUCGUGUGCUUUGACAGGGAAGUGUUUAGGGGAGCAUCAGACAGUUUCUCAAACCCACCGGCCAUCAGCAGCUAGAGGAGGUGGCUUUGGCCAGACACAGUUCCCUAAGUCCACAGAAAGUGGCACUAUCCAAGAGCAAUGCUGUUAAUGAUUCAUGCUAAAAAUCAAGAUUUGGCUUCGAUUUAAGUCACUUGAAACGAAAAAGUGAUUGGUCCUGUUUUCUAGAGACAAAUAUGAAUUGUCCUUCCCCAAACAGUGUUAGUAACACCUAUCACAUGAUAUCACUGAUUUUUUUCUGCCUUUCUUGGUAAAGGUGUAUACCAGAGACAUCCAGGUAGAACUGAGAGACAGUGGUCCUGACAUAAAGAGAAAACUAUAUUCAGGUUUUUCAACAUACUUACAAAUAAUACUGGCUGGUAAACAUGGGGAAAUACACAAAAUGUGUGACAUAAAAAUGCUCUGCCUGAAAUCCCAACCAUGCCUAGGACCCAUCCCAUUCUUCCAAGUCAUUCUGCAUCUAUUUAACUGGAAAUCCCAGGAAUAACUCAUCAAGCCAUUGGGUUUUAUCACUCAAGGAUAUAAACAGAGAUCACUGUCAAAGGCUUCCUAUACCAGCCUAUUCAAAAUGAUCUCCUCCUUCAGUUUUUCACAGGCCCAAAACUGCCUAUCAUAAAUCCUUCAAAUUCUUAAAUCUUCUCUGAAACAAAGCGGAAUAUAAAAUAGAUACAAGUUUGCUGCUUUGAACGCUGAUCACCAAAGGUCCCUCAAGAAUCCGUCAAGCCAGGCUCACUCUCUCAACUGGCUUGGAACAGAGACGUUAGGGUAUGUGGCAUGAAUUCCAUAACACAAAUUCCUAUGCCCAUGCAGACAUUGCUAAUCAACUCUAGCACAAUAUCUCAAUUGCUCAAUGAGAUAUUUAGAUCACAGAUCUAAAAACCAGUCACUCAUCAGUCAGAACUGAGAGAUGAACCCUAGAAAGCUAAAAUAAAUAGGGAUUGUGUGGGGGGAUGGAGAAGUCCACCAGCAUAAAAGGUACAAUCAGGGGAGACUAAAUGUAGGAAAGUGCCCUACUGGUUGACCAGAGGCACAGAAUCUGCAAGACCAACACCAGACUGACACUUCUCCAAGUGCACCUCAGGCCCUCCUCUUCUCACACAGCUGCCACUGCCUAAAAACCUCCCAGCCUUCUCAUGGAGCUAAAAUCAGAGAUGAUUUUCAUGACUUACGAAAGCAGACUCCCUCGCCCUCACCCAACUCUGUUGCAUUGUCUCUUUUUAGAACACUUAGGCUACUUCUUUAGAAUAGUCCCUCCUGAAGCAGGGGCCAGAAUGUCUCAGCCACCUACAGUGACAUUGCUGGGCCCCAGAAAACCAUUCCUUAGGAGAAUGGGUUCCCCGGGUUCACAUCACGGAGACACUGAGCCCACGGCGACUGUUUUGACUGCUGGCAGUACGAAACAGUCCACGCACACCACUGCCACGUGACUAGCGUGGCUACCAGGAAGUUGAAGCCAUGAUGCUGAUAUUGCUGUGCAAAAAGACCGCAGCAUCAGGUGAGAAGGCACAUUCAGGGUCUCAACAGCACAUCGCUCAGAUUCCCUGUGCAGUUUCCAUGAGGUUGUGCGGCAGAAUGUUUUGAGAAAAUAGAGAACUGCAAGUAUAUGAUGAUUCUGAAAAAGAUCCGCAGGGUUUGUCCUUAAAACCAACCCAUCACAUCAUCUAUACUCAUUCAGAAUUAUAGGUAAGAAGGAGAAAUCUCUAUCUACUGUAUGAACAAAGUAAUACAGUGUGUUUUCACAGUGGGCUGUUACAGGCAAGAGAAUUCUUUAACUGGUUUACAAAAAUCCAUCAGUUCUGUGUCAUUCCCUGUAAAAGACAGAAGACAUGAUUGUGAUCAGGAAACUGCACGAAAUUAUUUUUUUCAACCCCUGUGUUAUUGUCCUUAUGGAGUCUCUCUUUUUUAUAUAAAAGCCAAAUUUUUGUUGUAUAUAUUCGUAUUCCGUGUGUUAGAUGGAAGCAUUUCCUAUUCAGUGUGAAUAAAAAGAACAGUUGUAGUAAAUUAUUAUAAAGCCAGUGAUAUCUCAUGGCAGUUAUUCUAUCAAGCUGUGCUUGUUGGUUUUCCCAUAACUGUAUUGCUUUUAUAAUUGUACAAAUAGUUACUGGAAGGACGAGACCCUUGUUUGCACAGCAUUAGUAAGAACCUUGCUAGGAACGUGGUCCCCUCUCCUGACAACCAGCUCACAAUUUCUUGCCUGGAGCUUGGUACACACUUCUUUUACCAAGGUAAACAGAGCUGGUGGAUAAAUAAAUUCAUAGUCUUGACUAUCUGGUCAUAGGUAAUCUCACUAUAAAUUUCAUUAGAAUGAGCAGAUAUAAUCUUGAAUUAUAUAUAAAUUAAAUUAUAAACAUGACAUCAGAUGGGGGAAUCUAUCAAGGAACUAGAAAAAACACAUCAUUAUGAGAAAAUAAGCAACAGUUUCAGCCCAAAGCCAAUUCAAUUUUUUUUAAAAAGUAAUGUUGUGUAAAAUGGGUUGAAUUAGUUUGCAAACUAUAUAAAAACAUAUGCAGUAAAAACCUGGUGUGCACAUCAGGUGAGAAUGAAGUGUUCUGCCUUUUCUAGUUAUCUGAGCUCAGCUAUAUUAUCAUACUUGGAUAACCAAUUUAAAAGAAUUAGAAUAUGAUUUUUAAAUGCACUUAACAUUAAACUCUUCUUCUAACUCUUUUUCUGUUAUAAUUCAGUUAUGAAUCUUCAGCACCUCUGAGUCAUUGCUAUAAAAAAUUCAGUUAUCACUGUGCUGUGCUAUAGGAGACUGGGCUGAACCUGUACAAUGACAAACCCUGGAAGUUGCUUUUUAAAAAAAUAAUAAUAAAUUUCUAAAAUCAA